AACAUCCAACAAUGAGUUGCCCGUCAAGCUGGCCGGAUGACUCAGCAGGAACCACAUGCAACGGAAACAUCGGCAAUAAACAAGUGGGAUUCUCCUUUAUACUUGUUUUUUUCCCUUCUUUUUUCCUUCCGCCCCUCGUUAUCUUUUGAUUCCCUUCUUAUGCCUAAUUGUACAUAUUUUUCUGUAUUUCCUACUGUUUUUCCUUGUCUCUAGAUAUCCCAAUCACCAAAACAGCUCCAGUACUACAGCACAUAGACGUCUCGCAGCACGAAAAGACUCCUGAUAAGAGUCCUUGUUUGCAUUCUGUUUUAAUUAUCCAUACUCUUGAAUUGAAGCAACAUGUUCGACCUAUUCAUAAGAUUUCGCGUCACACGGCCUGCUCGCCCAGUCACAAAGUCGAGCACUAAUUCCCUAAAGAAUACCGUCGACGGGGAGCCUGUAGAACAGGCCCCGAGCAAAAAUACCUUACUCAAGAUAGAUGAAGUCCCCAAGUGGUACGACGUGAAUCCGUUUAUCAUUUCUGGCUAUCGCAAUGAGAGCAACUCCUUCCUUGGCUCUCUGGCGAGCUGGACAUAUCUGCACAACGAAACGUGCAACAUCUAUUCUCAUUUGAUCCCGGCGGUGGUUUCGGUCUUCGCUCAAAGCUUCAUGUACGAACAUGUCCGGACGCGGUACCCUAAUCUCACCAGCUUCGAUUGGUCGGUGCUCUCGCUCCAAUUGCUGACGGCGACGGUCUGCUUGGCUGUGUCGACGCUGUACCACACGCUCCUGAACCAUUCGCCCAGUGUAUCUCACCGCUGGCUGCAUUUCGACUACUUGGGUAUCAUGACUCUGAUCCUGGGCAACUUUAUCAGUGGUCUGCAUUUCGGGUUCUAUUGUGAUCCGACUCUGAAAUAUACCUACUGGAGCCUUAUAUUUACCCUGGCAUCCGCUACCACCGCACUGUUAGUCAGUCCCUGGUUCCGGGACCCAAGCUGGAGAACGUUCCGCCUUAUGAGUUUCAUCUGCACGGGAUUGUCAGCUUUCGCCCCUAUCGGCCACGGCACUCUCAUCUGGGGACCGGAGUUCCUUUCAAACAUCGGCGUGCCUUAUUAUCUACUCGAAGGUCUCCUCUUGAUUAUCGGUUGUUUCUUCUGGGAGAGGAGAGCGCCAGAGAGAUACUUUCCCGGGAAGUUUGAUAUCUGGGGCCACUCCCAUACGAUAUGGCACAUUUUCGUUACUCUGUCCAUCGGAGCGCAUAUCAUGGGCCUCAUGAGCGCCUUGGAGUAUGCCUAUAUGCGAUCUUCGUGCCGUGUCGCCCUCUCGUAGACUCAAGAUACACAAAAGGUGACGUGCAGUAUACUAGUGAGGAUGAUGAUCAGACGAAGCUAGUGUUAUAGUAUGAUAAUAAUUGCAAUCCCGUUGCCAUCUGAC